UACAUGUUCUUCUCCAAUCAAUGGCAUCAAAAUAUCCCUCACAUGAAGAGCAAUCAAAAGAUGUGUUAUUAGAAGCAAUCAGUGAAGAAGAUAGUAGCUUUAAGGAACUAAUCCUCUCACUUCCUAAAGAAUAUAUUGGGGUUCCCAAUCAUUAUUUUUAUUUUUUUCAAGGUUUUUGGGCAUCACCAUCUCAAAUCAAAACCAUAAUCUCCUUUCAAAAUCAUUUUCAGGCUAAAGAUAGUGAUGUUAUUAUUGCCUCUUUGCCAAAAACAGGUACAACAUGGUUGAAAGCCCUUAGCUUCGCCAUUGUUAAUCGACAUUGUUUCUCUUCUUUAGAUAAUCAUCCAUUACUCACAUCUAAUCCACAUGAACUAGUACCUUCUCUAGAAUCAAAUAUUUAUGUUGAUACCUUUUGCAAUUUUCCUAAAUUUGACCUAGUAAACAUGAUUGAACCUAGGCUAUUAGGAACUCAUGUUCCUUUCCCUUCAUUAGCCAAGUCAAUAAAGGAUUCUAAAUGUAAAAUAAUCUACAUAUGCAGGAAUCCAUUUGACACUUAUGUAUCAUAUUGGAAUUUUGUGAACAAAAUUUCGUUAAAUAGUUCUUGCCCUGCCAUAACUAUAGAUGAUGAAUUUGAAAGGUAUUGUAAGGGAAUAUGUCAUGCUGGUCCAUUUUGGGACCAUAUGUUAGGUUAUUGGAACGAGAGUAUAGCCAGACCAGACAAGAUUUUAUUCUUGAAAUAUGAAGAUCUUAAGGAAGAUAUCAAUCUUCACGUUAAAAGAAUUGGAGAGUUUUUGGGUUGUCCUUUUACAAAAGAGGAAGAAAGUAAUGGUGUGAUCGAAAAUAUUAUCAAUUUAUGUAGCUUUAAAAAUAUGAAGGAUUUGGAGGCAAAUAAAGUUGGAGAAUUUGGAAGGAAAAUUGAGAAAAAAUACUUGUUUCGAAAGGCUGAAAUAGGAGAUUGGAUUAAUUACCUCUCUCCAUCAAUGACAGAAAAACUAUCCAAAAUCAUUGAAGAAAAGUUAAGUGCAUCAGGUCUUUUAUUUAAAGUUUCCUCGUAAUACUAUUUGCAAGUUAUACUAUUUUGUUUUGUUUAUUUGUUGAAUAAAGAGGUUGACAUGUUUGGUCAUCUAUGUUCCAUAAAAAAAAGUAAUAAACUAUGUAAUUAUCUUUAUUUUCAAUUAUAAAAUUAG